AUGCAAUUUGGGAACGGCGAGCUUCCUUCUCUAAUCUCUUCAGAUCCACAGUUCGCACUCAGCACAAGCGACGGAGCGGCGAGCCCUUUCUCCCGAUUGACGAACGAUGACUACCCGCACGGAUCGGGGCAGUUCGCACUCAGCACAGGCGACGGAGCGGCGAGCCUUUUCUCCCGAUUGACGAACGACGACUACCCGCCCCGAUCGGCGGAGGAGACGAAGAGCUGGGUAGAGUUGGAGUAG